CAUAACGUAAACAAACAGUUAAAUCAAAACAAUUAAUAUUUUAUUUAUAUUUAUUGACAGACAAGUGAUCUUUGAUUUGUUUGUCACUGAUAUCAAAGUAUUGGACGAUAUGAACGAAAGCAAACCGAUUGUGGCCAACAUGUCGUCCAUUGUCGACCUGAAGGCAGAGCUGUACCGAAAGCAUGAAUCACUUCAGAUGAAGAAGUUGGCGGAAAAUCAAAGACAAAUUAUUGAAGAAAAUGAUAACAACUUAUAUUCAAUCAAUCAUUUGAAUCAUAAGAAGUAUAAAUUAGGCAAAAGAGUGCGCGAAAAGACUGAACAAGAGUUGCGACAAAAAGCUAACAAAUUGAUUACCAUUGAUAUUAAACGAAGACAAUUGAAUGAAGAAUAUAAUAAAGAAGAAGAAGAAGAAUUGGCACUCAAAAAGUCAAAACAAAUGCUUGAAAUGAAGAGUCAAUUAUACGAAAAAUUAUCAAAGAAUCCAAAUCUUAUAAAUAAAGACAACAAUGACUUUGAAGAUGAAACAGACGAUAGAAUUCUCGUUGAUUUUUAUCGAAAGGCUUCAGAUUGUAAUCAAAUGACACGAAAUGAAACAUUAAAUAAAAGAGAAACAAAAGAAGAAGAAGAAUGGACUGAAUUUACGGAUUCUUUAGGUCGAACUCGAAGGUGUCUUAAGAAAGAUUUACCACAUUUUCUAGAUAUCGAUAAAAAAUCAUUUCAAAAAAGUGAGUCAAACUCGUCGAUCAAGUCUGACAUCUCAUCAAUAGUUAAUUUAUCGGCAAAUAAUGAAUUACUGAGUAGUGAUUUGCGGCGAGAAUUAGAGCGCCGACAGUGGGAAACAAAUGCCAAGAAUGAACUUAAUAGUCAAGAAUCGAACGAUGAAGAAGAAGAUGAUCAACAAAGAAGUAGUUUACAUACACAUUACCAGAACGUUAAGUUCAAUGAAAUCAGAGACCAUGGAGUGGCUUAUUAUGCAUUUUCUGAAGACCAACAGACACGACAACAACAAAUGGAUCUUUUGAACCAAAUGAGAGAACAAACAGUGAAUCAGAAGUUAGCGAAACAAAACUUAAAACACAAACGCAAACAAUUAAUGAGAGACAGACUCGCAAAAGUUGCUCAAAGAAAAGGUAUUUCUGUCGAUUUGAAAGAAAGUUCCAGUGAUUCUGAUGAAGAUAUCAGUAAUGAUGUUAUGUCUGUUAUUCCUGAGCCGAGACCUGUACCGACAGCUGUCCGGGAAUGGGAUGUCGGCAAAAGAGACUUACAUCAAGUAUUAACUGAAUUGACAGCUAAACCCAAACAAAACUCAUAUAAUAAUUAUAUUGAAGAUAAAAGACAAGAGCGAAACCAAGAGUUUGCUCCACCGAUUAACUAUGACUCGAGAAAACAAUUUACGAUUGAGUCUCAGACCCAACACGAAGAUGAAGACAAACGCAAAAUUGACUACAGAUUGAGUGGUUAUGACUGA